AUUGAUAAUCCAUAAAAAAUGGAAAAUGAUUAGUAAAGAUGAGGUAGGGUUUUACACAUAAUGAUUAAUCUCCUCUCUUUCUCCCCUUAAAUACUAACCCUCUCCUGCUCAUCCACUCACACUCCACUCUUUCUCUCUCUCUCUCUCUCUCUGAGCACAGACAAAAAAUAGAAGAUGGGAAAAGAAGAAGUUGCAGAGGCCACCCAUGAGUAUUCCGGCAAGGACUACCAGGACCCACCGCCGGCAGACUUUAUUGGGAUUGAUGACCUGGGCAAAUGGUCAUUUUACAGAGCUCUCAUAGCUGAGUUCAUAGCCACCUUACUGUUUCUUUACAUUACUGUGUUGACUGUGAUUGGCUACAAGAGCCAGUCUGCUACUGAUGAAUGUGGUGGCGUUGGACUUCUUGGAAUUGCAUGGGCCUUUGGUGGCAUGAUUUUCAUUCUUGUUUACUGCACCGCCGGUAUCUCUGGAGGACAUAUCAACCCAGCAGUAACAUUUGGAUUGUUCUUGGCAAGAAAAGUGUCUCUAAUUAGAGCAGUGAUGUACAUGGUAGCUCAGUGUUUGGGUGCAAUUUGUGGAGUAGGUUUAGUAAAGGCUUUCCAGAAGUCAUACUACAAUAGGUAUGGUGGUGGGGCUAAUGAGUUGGCUGAUGGCUACAACAAGGGCACUGGCUUGGGUGCUGAAAUUAUUGGUACUUUUGUUCUUGUCUACACUGUUUUCUCUGCUACUGAUCCCAAGAGAAAUGCCAGAGAUUCUCAUGUCCCUGUUCUGGCUCCCCUUCCCAUCGGAUUUGCUGUGUUCAUGGUUCACCUCGCCACGAUUCCCAUCACCGGAACUGGAAUCAACCCCGCCAGGAGUUUCGGAGCUGCUGUUAUUUACAACAAAGACAAGGCCUGGGAUGAUCAAUGGAUUUUCUGGGUUGGGCCCUUCAUUGGAGCAGCCAUUGCUGCAUUCUACCACCAGUACAUUCUGAGAGCAGCCGCCAUCAAGGCACUUGGCUCUUUCAGGAGCAAUGCCUAAAAGCUUUAGUUUGUGCACAUGAUCAAGUAUUUGUGGCAUCAGUUCUGUCUCUGUUUCUACCUCUUUAUAAAAAUGGAGCUGGAAGGGGCUGAACCAUGGAAUUGUAGAUAAUUUGAAUUAAAUUAUGCUUCCUUUGUGAGAAUAUUAAGUUUGUAAUUUUCUGUUUGUUGUACUUGUAUUUUUUUGUGGUCUUGUGAUCGUUUAUGUAUCCUUCCAUCCCUUAAUAAUAUUCUCCAUCCUUUUCUC